UCCACCUUGAGGACGGGGGAAUCCACGGUGCGGCUCCGCCCUGGGGACCGGGCUCCACGGUGCGGCUCCGCCCUGGGGACCGCCUCCUACAGGCCGCAGCCCCGUUUCCUGUGGCUCUCGGGUGACCGGCGGAAAGUGUCCCGGAACCGAAUAUCAGGGCCCGGUCUGGGGCCUCCAUCUGUUUCCGUAAGCAGCGGCCAAGCCGGCAGGCCCGAGCCUCGGACUCCCGCACGCCCACAGCCCCGUGGAGGGCUUCCCCGCUGCAGUGGCACCGCUCCUGCAGUGGUUCCCAGAUGCCGUGAGACAGAGCCACAGCUGCUGUGCAGCAGUGUGGGGGUCCAGGAUUGGGCUCCAUUGGGGCCGGCGUGGACCCUGGGGUGCAGCAUGCCUGAGGAGUGUCGGUGGGAGCGCGGACGGGACUGAGCGAUGACUGAGAGCCCGCUGCGGGGGAAGACGUUCUACUGCCGGGAGUGGGCCCUGCAUAAGCUGCAGCACCACCUGGACACCUGCUCCAGUGGCCAGAGCAGGGGGGUUCUCAUCACCGGCGGUCCUGGCAGCGGCAAGACAGCGCUCUGCACCGAGCUGCUGUGGCCGGUGUCCGAGCACGGCCAGCGGUCCGAGCUGUCCACCAGGGUCCUGGCCCACCACUUCUGUCAGGCCCAGGAUGUCGGGACCCUGUCAGUCAGCGGCUUCGUGCUGAGCCUGGUGCGUCAGAUCGAGAGGUGCUCGCUGCUACAGGGAUACCAGGACAGGCUGGAAGACAGCACCGUGCGGACAGCACUGGAGCCCAGCGAGUGUGAGAGGAAUCCUGACGAGACCUUCAAACGGGCUGUUCUUUUGCCGCUGUUGGACCUGGAGCCGCCGACCCAGGGUCUGCUGUUGGUGGUCGACUCCAUCGAUGAAGGCGAGACUGGUCGGGAGGGGGAGUGGAAAGCGUGUGAACGCAGCUGUACGAUCGGUGACCUGCUCUCCCAACACCGGCAGCUGCUCCCCACCUGGCUUCUGCUGGUCUGCACUGCUCGCCGGCUCGGCCCCAGCGCCAGCCACCAGUUCCCAGGGUUUCGCAAGUUGUGCCUGGACGACCUGCGGCGGUCACACGUCGUGCGGGACGUGCAACAGUACAUCCUGAGCCGGCUGGACCGUGAGGAGACCCUGCGCCGCCACCUCAGCCGCGACACGGCCGAGAUGCUGAACCAGCUACACAUCAAGAGCACUGGCUGCUUCCUGUACUUGGAGCGGGUGCUGAACGGCGUCCUGGACGGCUUCAUCGCCCUGCGGGAGAUCCGCCACAUCCCCGGCACCCUGUACGGCCUGUACCUCUGGCUCUGUCAACGCCUCUUCACCCGCAAGCUCUUCGCCCGUGUCCAGCCCAUCCUCAACGUGUUGCUGGCCGCCCGCCGGCCACUCACACCAUGCCAACUCUUCCAGGCGGUGUGGAGCCGCUGUGGCGGACUGACGGCGGCCGAGUUCGGGCAGCGGCUGGAGGCUGUGGCGCGGCUGCUGCGGGCCGGGCCGAACGACACCCGCCUUCUCUUCCAUCACAGCUUCGCCGAGUGGCUCCUGGACGUGAAGCACUGCACGCAGCGGUUCCUGUGCGACGCGGCGCAGGGGCACGCUAUGCUGGCCAUGGGCCUGAGCCUGCAGACACCAGGCCUGGGCCCGGCCGAGGUGCUGGAACUGGCUCUCCAUCUGGUGCGCUCCAGGCUGCAGGCCGAGCCCUGGGGCCUGGCCCUGUGGAUGGUGUGGUGCGGGGUGCCGGUGGGUGGAGAGGCGCUGGCUUGCGGUCCGCCCGUCGAGCAGGAGGUGAUCCAGUUGCUGCUGAAGGCCGGCGUGUACGGGAGCGGGGGUGAGCCCGAGCCGGGGUCGGGGCCUGGGCCUGGGCCGGGGCCGGCGCUGCUGCACCGAGCGCUGGAGCGGGAGGACUCGCUGCGGGCACUCUUGGAGAGCGGGGCCAGCGUGCACCAUCAGGACGCGGGCGGCCGCACGCUGCUGGCCAGCGCCGCGCACACUGGCAACCUGGAGGUGGUGCAGCUGCUGCUGGCGCGCCAGGCCGAGCUGGAGACGCAAGACCACCGCGGCCGGACGCCCCUCAUCACCGCCGCCCGCAUGGGCCACGCCCGGGUGCUGCACUGCCUGAUGGCGCACGGCGCCGACGUGAACCACGCCGACCGGGAGGGCUGGACGGCGCUGCGCGCCGCCGCCUGGGGCGGGCACGCGGAGGCGGUGAGCGCGCUGCUGGAGGCGAGCAGCGCGCAGGUGGACAGCGCGGACGCCGAGGGCCGGACGGCGCUGCGCGCCGCCGCCUGGGGCGGCCACGAAGACAUCGCGCUGGCGUUGCUGCGGCACGGCGCCGACGUGAACCGCACCGACCGCGAGGGCCGCACGCCGCUGAUCGCCGCCGCCUACAUGGGCCACCGGCAGAUGGCGGAGAUCCUGCUGCAGCACGGCGCCCGCGUCAACCACCGCGACUGCGACGGGCGCUCGGCGCUGUCGGUGGCCGCCCUGUGCGUGCCCGCCUCCCGCGGCUACGCCGGCGUGGUGGGCCUGCUGCUGGACUGGGGCGCCGAGGUGGGGCAGCGCGACCGCGACGGCCUCAGCCCGCUGCUGCUGGCCGCGCUGGAGGGCCACGCCGACGUGGUGGAGCUGCUGCUGGAAGCCGGCGCCGACGUGGAGGAGGCGGACGGAGCCGGGCGCACGCCGCUGCUGGCCGCCGCCUCCGCCGGCCACGUCGCCGUGGUCAGCACGCUGCUGCUGUGGGGCGCCGAGGUGGACACGGUGGACGGGGAGGGCCGGACGGCGCUGGGCGUGGCGGCCUGCCAGGGCAGCGCCCGGGUGGUGCGGGCCUUGCUGGACCGCGGCCUGGACGAGAAUCACCGGGACCACCUGGGCUGGACGCCGCUGCACUCGGCCUGCUUCGAGGGCCAGGACGCCGCCUGCCGGGCGCUGCUGGAGCAGGGCGCCCGCGUGUCCGAGCUGGACAGCGAGGGGAGGGUGCCGGCCAUCCUGGCCGCGCAGGAGGGCCACGGGGAGUGCCUGCGGCUGCUGCUGGAGUACGGCUCGCCGCUGGAGGCGCGGGGCUACGACGGCCGCAACACGCUGUGGGCGGCGGCGCUGGCCGGGCACGGCGACCUGGUCAGGCUGCUGCUGGCCAAGGGCGGGGGCGCGGGCGGGAGCGACGCGGACGGGCGGCCGCUGCUCUACCUGCUGGCGCUCGACAACCGGCUGCAGAUGGUGCAGCUGCUGCUGGAGGCGGAGGCGGCGGCGGCGCGGCCCGAGCUGGAGGCGCAGGACGCGGAGGGCCGCACCGUGCUGCAUGUCGGCUGCUGGCAGGGGCAGCUGGAGCUGGUGCGGCUGCUGCUGGGCGCCGGGGCGCGGGUGGACGCGCUGGACAGGGAGAGGCGCUCGGCGCUGCACUCGGCCGCCUGGCGGGGCCACGCCGCCGUGGCCGAGCUGCUGCUGGACAAGGGCGCGGCGGUCGAUCACGCCUGCAACCAGGGCGCCACCGGUCUCUGCAUUGCGGCGCAGGAGGGCCACGCCGACGUGGUGCGGCUGCUGCUGGAGAAGGGCGCCGACCCCAACCACGCCGACUGCUACGGCCGCACUCCCAUGCGGGUGGCGGCGCGCCGCGGGCACACGGACAUCAUGCGGCUGCUGGAAGGCUACGGCGCGCCGGCCUUCAACGGGUACCCGGCGCCGGAGGCGGGGCCCGCGGCUCCCAGCUCGCCCUCCGGAUCGCCGGGCUCCACGGCCGGGCCCCGCCACUCGCCGGCCUCCAGCAGCUCCCCGCGCAGCUCCCAGGCCUCCUCCACCGGCCACUCGCUGGCUACCGCCCAGACCGUGCCCAUCGACAGGCUCAGCUUCACCCAGCAGAUCCAGCAGCACUCGCUGCCGCGGAGCCGGGGCCGCCGCUCGUCGCUGGCCUCGCCCGACUCGACCCUCCCCGGCCUGGGACCCGCGGCGCUCUCCCCGCAGCCCGAGCUAGCACGGACCCCCGGCACGGCGCCGGUGACGGAGGCGGAGAAGCGGAACGGGACGCCGGGCAGCCCGGUCUACUCCCCACGGGAAGUGGGCAAAGGAGGAGCCGGGGGUCUGGCCCGCCGCGUCCGGCCUGAGCCGCUCAUCAACAUCACCACGCUGGACCCCGAGCUGAACCUCAAGCAGGCCGUCAAACUCCGCUUCGAGGGCCCGAGCAGCGGACUCAUCUGCAAGAAGGAGACCCCGUUGUGAUGGGCCGCAGGUCGCUGGGCUCCGACCGGACGAGGGACGUUCUCUCCUGCCUCUGGCUGCUGCUGCUCGUGCCCUGCGUGGGACAGACCCCUCCUGCGCUGUUUCAGGGACAGUCCUCUGAGGAAAAACACUACGUAAUUCAGGAGCAUGAGGGACUUCACUCAAUAAUCUGCUUUGGAGAUGUAUAGUGUAAUAUAUUUGGCAACCUGUGGUAUGUUUAACCCCGGUGUGUGGUGUUAAACAGUCCGUAAAAGUAUUCAGGGCUUCUCCUGAUAUAAUCAGGAUGCAAUUUCUAACUUUAUUUCUUUCAAAACACUCCCAGGAAUUGAAUAUAAAGUAUUGAGCUGGGGUCACGCCCUUGAUAGCGGCCAGCCUUGCAGGACAUGGGGGGCCGGUGCAGUGUGGUAUCGAAGGCCCUUUCCCGUGGCCUUUGGUCAGUGACGGUUCCCCGGCAGGGCCAUGUAUGGUCCAGUACGAUAGGGCACAGUCACUCCCUGGCCACUCUUCUCUCGUCAGCAGUGUCCGGGUCAGUGAGUUAAGUUGCUCUGUUCGGGAGCACGUUAUAUCUUCGGGGGAAAGUGCUGCGUUUUGGAGGGAUGGACUGUGGUAAAGAGACGUUUGGUGAAGGAUACGUGUGAAGACAGCACUUAUUUGGGUUACGUCCGUGGGAACAGUCUGUCUUUAGAAGGCUGACUGUGUAUGUACAGGGGCUUCCUACCCCUCCCCACUGGGUCUGGGCAAUCGCAGUAUGUUAUAACCAAGUCUUCCGGUACCACUUUCCCCGAGAGCCUUGGACAAUUACCCCUGCCACUCACAGCACGAGGUGGGUGGGCGACGCAGUGGGAAGAGGACUGCUACGGCCAGAAUCCGCACAGGACAACCGUGGUCCCUGCACACUGCCCGGAAGGAGGGGGCGGGUGCGUGCCCCACACCCGUGGGCGGGCCGCAUCUCUCGAAGAUCCUGUCCUACUGCCGGUGGGUCUGGGUCCACUGGUGCAGCCCGUCCCAUGGGUGCUGAGUUCUCACCGGACAUAGGAGUUAUUUGGCCCAUCAAGUCUGCUCCACCAUUCCAUCAUGGCUGAUUUAUUAUCCCUCUCAACACCAUUCACCCUUACUAAUCAAGAAACUAACGUGGCCUCCACAGCUAUCUGCGGCAAGAAAAAUUGCACAGAUUCACCUUCCUCUGGCUAAAGAAAUUCCUCCUCAUUGCUGCUGUAGGAUGAGUAGGGGGUUGGAGCAUCGCUGUUCUUCAUCCUGCUUUCUAUCCACUCGGAUGGGGGUUGGGGAAGUUCCGGGGAGCCUGUUGAGUGACAAGAAGACCCUGUGGGGACUGACGAGUGAGGGUCCUUGUGGUGAUGGGGUGGGCUGCGGGGAUGCACUGUCCAGAGAUGUGCCAGUUCACUGGGAGCAGCUGCCUGGGCUCCGGCCUCGGCUCCAAGGGUACUUUCCUGAUCCGCUAGUGAGCCAUGGUUUUCCUGUGCUCUUGAACAUUCCUGACCGUAUCCUGUGAGAGGGAUGGGAGUGAUUUAAAAAAAAACUGGUGCUGU